AUGGCAUCUACUACGACGAUCUCAGCAUCAGCAGCCUCUUCCACGCCUUCUGCAACCUGCAUUACUAUUGCCCCUGGAAAAAACGGUUACCUGCCACCGGAGUCAUGUGAUGCUAUACUAUACUAUAUUCCAUCGUUUGAAGCCGCCAUCUUCCUCUGUGUUCUCUAUGGAUUGGUUGCCCUGGUCCAUAUAAUCCAAGCCAUUAUAUACAAAAAGAGAUAUGCUUGGGUACUUAUUAUGGGUGCUGUUUGGGAGCUGCUAGCGUUCAUUUUUCGAGCUCUUCAAACACGCCAUCAGAACAGCGAAAUAUAUGAUACUUUUUAUGUCAUAUUUUUCCUUCUAGCCCCUAUCUGGAUCAACGCUUUCCUCUACAUGACUUUAGGGCGCAUGAUAUAUUUCUUUCUACCCGAACGCAGACUAGCCGGCAUCUCUGCGCGUCGCUAUGGUAUUAUUUUUGUUACUCUCGAUAUCAUCGCAUUUCUGGUCCAGCUUGCUGGUGCCGCACUCACAACCAAUAACGACGCUAACGACGCGGAAACCAAGACCGUACUACUUGGCCUGCAUAUCUACAUGGGUGGUAUUGGAAUGCAAGAAUUCUUCAUUCUCUGCUUUCUAGGCCUAGCAAUCCACCUGCAUCGAACAAUAAUUCAAAUGGAAGAGAUGGGACAGACUGGCAUGGAACAGCUUCAACGGGGACGCUUCCCCUGGCGGUGGCUCUUUUAUACGAUCUACUUCACUUUGGGCAUGAUCACUAUCCGAAUCAUAUUCCGCAUGGCUCAAUAUGCACAAGGCACAUCUACGACCAAUCCUGUUCUCACCCAUGAGGUAUAUGAAUAUGUUUUCGACGCAGCCCCCAUGUUUUUAGCAUUAAUUGCUCUCAACAUUAUUCACCCCGGGAUGAUUCUCAAAGGGCCUUAUUCAAGCUUUCCAAAGCAGAGUCGAGCUGAAAAGAAAGAGCAAAAGGCACAAAAAAAGGCAUUCAAAAUGGAAAAGAAAAGACAGAGACAGAGUCCCGUGUAG